CAAGUUUUGCAGGUAAUGUACACGAAGAGAAACGUGAUAUAUAUUAGAAUUCUUCACCGUUUCGUUUCAAUUCGUCUCAUUCUUUACCGUCUCUCUCUCUCCCCUCCCUCCCUCCCUGUUACCUUUUCAUACACACCAUUCGCCGUUGAUCAUUCAUCGGAAACGUCCGAUCACCGAUUAACCCAGGGAGGGUUGCUGGUUGCAUAAUCUAAUUGAAGAUCUUUUGUAAGAAUCUGUAUAUCAAGCCUAAUAGUUCAAACUUAGGGCACUUCAGUUGCUUCAGCCUGUUUUUGACGACAGUCCACUAUACUAACUUUGCUCAUCUUCUCCCCUAAAAAUUAACAUGAAUGGACAAGGCUUAUGAAGCACGAACUAUUUGCAGGCACUUUUGUGGUCCAUUAUCACUGAUGAACAGAUGUCGUUUUGAUUUAUGGUGUUCCCUUCAAAGAUUAUUAGAUUGACCUGCUGCAGUUGCAGUAUCUAAUGCAUCAGCUUUUGAGCUGGACAAGAAACACUCGAAUGUAGGGACAAUAUUUCCUUGCUUUGAGAGUGGAAUUUACAUGUACCAAUCAAUUGUUGUUCUCAACAAAGUGAGGCUCCAUUGUACACCCCCGGAAUUAAUUCGUAGACUGCCAAUCUUUGACGAAUAUUACCAGUCAUAUUUGGCGUUUUGGGGGCUAAGUUUGUUAGAGACGACCAGUAUUAUUUUCAUUUCUUGAAGGUCAAAAUAUCAGACAUGUGCCACUGGGAUGCUAGAUGUUCUAAAGCUCUUUUGUGGCGUUUAGAAAGUAUAGCGAUCUCCUACCUUUAGUGGUGAGGGAUAGCUGAAAUUGUCAAACAUACUAAGUUGGGUUGCAGUUCUUGAUGUGCUGAUCAUAUUUUGGGGUGAUACGGAGAAAGAGUUAGGAACCAGUUCCGUCUUCUCUUACAUUGAUUUCAAGACUUAUAGAAAUUGGAUACUAGCUAUUCAAUGACGUCCUCAUAUCGCUGCUUGUCUGAAAGCAGCUUCAUUUCCUUGAAUUUCAGUUGCUUACUGACAAUUAUCCUGGUAGUGUCUCUGAUGCUUAAGCCAAUUUGGAGGUUAUUGGUUAUGAUCUUACUCAAGUGGUGGCUGAGAAUUAGCUUGAGUAAGAGAAACAAUCAAAUGAGAUGGGUUGAACAAGGGUAACUCGAGGAUUUUGCCUAUUGGUUGCUAACCAUGGUCAGAGACUUAUUCUGUAGCACAUCAGUAUCAUUGCUUUAGUUAUUAGAUAGAGAGCUGCUCAUUUACAGCUGCUGAUUAUCCCUGUUUUGCUUUAGCUUACAAUGGCCGAUGGUGAGAGACAAAUUUCACAAUCUCAUGUAUCGAGACAUCCUUAGCUUGUGUUUGAAAUUAGUUUCGUAUUAACUUAUUACACCUGUUCUUGAUUAGAUGACAUAUUGAAUCUUUGAUGUUUCUAUAGCUUGGAGGUUAAGAUUCAUGUAAGCUAUAUUGGGUGCAUGAACAACAAAGCUGCAUUUUUGUUCUUUUACUUUACUACCGUUUUGUUUGUAAAGCUUUCUUCAAACACAAUUUGGGUCUAUUUUACCAUAAUUCACUUACUUUUGGGUGAGUGCAAACAGAUGCUGUUAACCGGGUCUGUUUGGGAUAAUUUUGUGAUACUUUGCUUUUAGUCAUUUACUACUAGUACUGACUUUCAAAUCCUUUCCUUUUGGGACCCUAUUUAGUUAUGUGUUUAACUUGAUAUAUGUGUGAUUUAUCUCAGUUUUUCGUUAGGUACAAGCACUUUCAGGUAGUUGAGGAAAGCUUUGUUGUUAUAUAAAUGUGAACAUACUUUCAUGAGAAAUUAUUUGACAAAAGCAGAACUGGUAUAUGCUUCUGGAGACUUCUUUUUCAAUGAUGAAGGAACAUAAUUUAGUACCGUCACUUGCUAAUAUAGUAUCAGCUUGGCAAGGACACUUGUGAAUAUAAUGGCAUGUCUCUCAUUUGAGGCCUCCAGAAACAUCAUAAUUUUUCUUUUGGCCUUACAUACAAAUUGGACAUCAAUGACUCAUUUUUCACUUGUUUGGAGAUUUUUAUUAUCUGAAAUAAAAUUUCAUUCCAAAAGCUACAAGAACUUAUAAUUGAUAUGGCGGUUCUUUCCCUGAUGAUUGCUUACAACUGGAAUGGCUUUUAUCAAUUAAAAACUUCAUUGUCCAUACUCACUCAUGUGUUUCAAUUAAAAAAAUUCUUUAUGAAAAUAUGCUUAUAUUAGUAGAACACAUUACUUUUCAGGAAACAAGUUAUGUUUAAUAGUCUUUAUGGAUUCAAGAUUUGAUUUACCAUACUUAGUCUUGCAUUAUAAUUUCAAGUUUCUUUAUUCUUCUGCACUAUCUUUUCAAGCAAAAGCGAUGGUUAUAUAGGGUGCUUAUAGAGUGGUCAUGUGUUACAUAAAGCCUCUCUAGCGACCUGCUCAUUUUAGGUUUGUUGAACCCAAGAUGUGGAGCUCGCUGGUUUGGGAGUUUUGGAUUUUCAUUCUGAUUUAUUUGUAUAUAUGGUGCAAGUUUGGGGUUUCCUUACAUUCAGUUUUUAUGCAUUAAAAUUUAAAAGCUUUCAUCUAGGGAAAAUAAGUAAUAAGUUGAGGAUAUGAUUCUGGUCUAUCUAAUGUUAUGAUGUGCAAAGACUGAAUAUAUGGGCAUAAAAAUCACUUCAUGAAGGAAAAGGUCAUUUUAAUCUUUAUCAAAAUUGUCAGAAUGGGGAAUUUGGGAUAUCGUAGUAAAUUUUAGUUUUCUGUUUUGUGUUAACAAUGUAUUUAAUCUUCUUUCCAUUGUUCCUCUUUGAGAGGAGAGGUCUGUUACAUACUGUUUUAAUAUACCUUUUCAGAUAGAGAUUUUAGUUAUUACUUAUUUACAACUGCAAGUUAGAUAUUUGUAUCAAUGCGGUCUCGUAUGAUUUGUGAAGUUGCAUGGUCAAAAGGAAUUCUAUUUCGUCUUUGUUUCCUUUUAAUUAUUUUGUUUGAAGGGGUCUGUAAACCAUUUGCAUUUGUCUCUAGGAAGAGGAGAUUGCUGCUGCAAGUCUAGGAUCUUAGUUAACAGCAGAAGUCAAUCACAGUCAGUUGCUUUAUCGAGUUUUUCCUUACUGCAUUUGGUUAUGCAGCUGCCAGUAUCUCUGUACCUACACUUGUUCUGUGUCUUUUAAAUGCCAUUCCUCGGGGAGUGUGGAUUUUGGCUUUCAUCUGCUGAAGAAAGUUUAUUCAUCCACAGGUCCAUAAGCUAUGGGGCAUAGAAACAUGUUUAACACACCCCAAAUUCUUGAGACUGAGAGUCAUCAGGGACGGGAUCAUACUGAGCAACCCUACUUGCUUAUGGGAAGGGCCAGUUCUUCUGAAAGCAGUUCUCUUGUUCAACCAACUCAUCCUGGGCAGAACAUAAGUAUCAAUGGUGGACCCUUUCCUCCCCCGUGGCCUGCUGCUCCUAGGUCACGGAUAAACUCUUCAUCAAUUCCCCCUGUUGAAUUGCCAUGUUUUCAACAACAGGCUCCUGGUCCAUCUCGUGAUCCUUUUCUGCAUCAGCCCGCUGGUGGAAAUUUCCACAUGGUCCCAGAUAAUUAUUCUCGCCCUCCAUCUUCUUCCAGCCUCAGUGGCCAGACUAUCCCCGGAGCACACGGUGGUUUUGUUAAUCCAGCAACAAUGAGCAGCAGCAGAGGACCGUACAAGCGGAAAAGUCCAAGCACCCCUCAGCUGUAUGACAGGGGUUCUACUAGCAGAUAUUAUGAUGUCGGAAGCUCAUCAAAUUUGCUCUUACCUGCUGAUCCAUGGCAGCAAAAGCAGACUACAGAAUCGUAUCAUAUGCCUUGGGAGUAUCAUCCUGGCCACAGAGUUAAUAGCCUCUCUAUUGGUGGUGAAGAUACACAACGCAAUGUGAGAAGUAGAACUGUAGUCAACCAGGAACCUAAUUUGGCCAGAACUCAUAUGCCAAGCAAUUCUAUGAAUCGUUCCUUCUCUAACUGUCCUGCUGACCGAUCUAAUUUACCGGAUUAUUUGGGGCAGACUUCAAACAUCUCCAUGGCAGAUUGGAAUCAUUGUCUUAUAUCACCUGCUGGCCAUGGGGCUCCUCGUGGUGCAGAUUCGAGUUCUUUUGGUCAUGGUCCGAAUACCAACAAUGCACUGAACAGUCAUGCUAAUGGUUCAGUGGACGGCUGCGGUUACAACAAUAAUGCUUCUAUGCCUCAAAAUAAUUAUGUUUAUUUGAAUCAACCUCGCAGAGAGGUCCAAAGCAGUUAUGAAAGAUCUGCCCCCACAUUUAGGGCUUCAUCAAGCAACUUUUACCCAGGGCAGGUUGCUGCUUCAGGCGAAGGGCCGGUAAUGGCUUCAGACAGUUUUCCUUCCAGACACUCACAGGCCUUUUCCACCGCCGGGUUUCGAUAUAGUGAAAGGAAUGGUAGAACAGGGAUAUCAAGUGACAGAUAUAGACCUUUUGCUGAGGAGUCGAGUGCACCUGAUCGAGCUGCACACGAGGAUAUUAUGGCGGCAAGCUACUCUACGUACUAUGGCUCGAGGGCUCCUUAUGAUCAGCACAGGGAGAUGAGGCUUGACAUAGACAAUAUGAGCUAUGAGGAGCUGCUUGCACUGGGAGAGAGUAUUGGAAGUGUCAGCACAGGUUUGUCCGAUGGUUUGGUUUCAAAGUGUCUGACUCAGUCCAUAUAUUGCUCGUCGGACCAAUUUCAAGACGACGCGACAUGUGUCAUCUGUCUGGAGGAAUACAUGGAUAAGGAUGAUGUUGGGAGUCUGAAAUGUGGGCAUGAUUUUCAUGUGGGCUGUAUCAGAAAAUGGUUGUCAAUGAAGAACUUGUGUCCAAUCUGCAAGCAAUCUGCAGUUAAUGACAGCAUCAACGAGGAACUAUCGUCUUGAAUUUAUUACUAGUGUUGCAUCAGUGAAUAUUUCACAACCUUGAAGAAUUUAUGAGAAUUUAAAUACAUUUCAUUACA